AUGAGAGGAAAAACAGAACACAAGCUGAUAAGCCCAUUAAAGAACCUGGAGGACUACAUAUGCCAGAAGCACAGGAGACCCCUGGAGUUGUUCUGUAGAGAUGACCAGAUGUUUGCGUGUAUGAUCUGCACUGUGACUGACCACAAGAAGCACAACACUGUUCCUGUAGAGGAGGGGAUUGGAGAAAUGAAGCUGGAGAAGACACAGACAGAGGUGCAGCAGAUGAUCCAAGACAGACUGAAGAAGAUCAAAGACAUCAAACACUCAGUAGAGCUCAGAAAAAGAAACACAGAGAAAGAGAAAGCAGACAGUGCUGAACUCUUCACUGCUCUGAUCUGCUACAUUGAGAGAAGCCAGGCUGAGCUGCUUGAGGUGAUGGAGGAGAAGCAGAAAGCAGCAGAGAGGCUGGCUGAAGACCUCAUUAAAGAGCUGGAGCAGGAAAUCACUGAGCUAAAGAGGAGAGACACUGUGCUGGAGCAGCUCUCCCACACCGAGGACCACCUCCACCUCCUACAGAUUUACCCAUCACUGUGCAGACCUCCACACACCAAGAACUGGACUGACAUCAGUAUUGACACUCAUCUGAGUGUAGAGACUGUGAGGAACGUCUCAACUUCAGAAGAGUCUGGAGGAAAAAAUCAUAGAAUCAGAACUGAAGAUGAUUCAGCAGUAUGCAGUGGAUGUGACUCUGGAUGCUGAUACAGCUCAUCCUGAUCUCCUCCUGUCUGAUGAUGGAAAACAAGUGAGAGACGGAGACACAGAACAGAAUCUUUCUUACAAUCCAAAGAGAUUUAAUGGAUGUACCUGUGUCCUG